AAUUCAAGGAAGCCUUCUCUCUCUUCGACAAAGAUGGCGAUGGUACCAUAACAACUAAGGAACUGGGAACCGUCAUGAGGUCAUUAGGCCAAAACCCAACAGAAGCUGAACUCCAAGAUAUGAUCAACGAAGUUGAUGUCGAUGGCAAUGGCACCAUCGACUUCCCCGAAUUUUUAACAAUGAUGGCCAAGAAAAUGAAGGAAACAGACAGCGAAGAAGAGAUUCGAGAAGCAUUCCGUGUAUUUGACAAGGAUGGCAACGGAUUCAUCAGCGCUGCUGAACUUCGUCAUGUCAUGACAAACCUUGGCGAAAAAUUAACUGACGAGGAAGUUGAUGAAAUGAUUCGAGAAGCCGACAUGGAUGGCGAUGGACAAGUUAAUUAUGAAGAGUUUGUCAAGAUGAUGACAUCUAAGUAAAUGGCGCAUAGAAUAAUUUUCUUAUAUUAAUUGUUAAAGAUGUGUACUAGUCGCUACUCUAUUUAUAAUUUCAUGGCAUAUCUGCAUAAUCAAUUAUGAAUGAUGUCGAAGAUUUGUGCUACGAAUGCCGGGAAUUACGCGACUAUCACGUAAUAACGUACACAUAAAUUACUGAUUACCUUCUCAAUAUCAUCUUUAUCUGUACGUUUCGUUAUGAUUUUAAUUCUGCUCAACAAUAAAUUCAAAUUUUCUAAUAUACU